AUGGACCCCGCAACGUCAGACCCCUUGCUGUUGGACUCACUUCGUCAGAUCCAGCAAACACAGGCACAGCUGCUACAUGCUGUCCAGUCCCUCACUGAGAGGUCAGACCUUGGGGGACCUGGUCCAGCUACCACUGGUCUUCCAACAUCAGACUCUGGAUCGCGGACUGAAGAGGCAACAGAGAAUGAAGGGUCUGCCGCGUCUCUUCCGGUUUCCGGUUCUCGAACAGGAUUCACAUCCCGCAUCGUACUCACCGGAGGAUCCUAUUCCAUAUAUUAUGCACUGGCUGUGGCUAGUAAGGAGCUUGACAUAGACCACAGGCCUGACUUCACCAAUACCGAGCCUGCUACCCAGAUUGGCCCUUUCAAACAAUGGGGAGAUAGCCAUAAGAUCGUAGCAAUGGACCCUUGGGGGCAUCUUACACCUUGGACGUUCAAGAGUAUCAUAGAGCAAGAGAACGUUGAUCUACGACCGACCAUCGCUAUUACGAAGGCACAUAUGAAGCUUCCUGAACUCGAGGAGAGCGUCAAAGCUGGAAGACUUGUGCCCGAUGGGAAGGUAUGCUUGAAUAACUUGGGCGAGCUCGCCGUCACAAAGUUUGCUGUCGAGCCUGUCUGGUAUCUUCCCGGCGUUGCGGCGAGAUUUGGUAUUGACGAGGCCACACUACGGCGGUCGCUUUUCGAACAUACAGGCGGUAGCUAUCCUGAGUUGAUUACUCGAGGCGAUAUCAAGGUUUUCCUUCCCCCAAUUGGCGGCUUGACAGUCUACUGUUUUGGGGACCCAGAGAAGAUGUCGGACGAAAAUGUUCGACUUUCUUUGCGAAUUCAUGAUGAGUGUAAUGGGAGCGAUGUGUUCGGAUCUGAUAUUUGCACAUGCCGCCCUUAUCUUAUAUUUGGCAUCGAAGAAGCCGUCAAAGAGGCCCAGAAUGGUGGAAGUGGUGUGGUGAUCUACUUCAGAAAGGAGGGCAGAGCUUUAGGCGAGGUAACCAAGAGCCGUGUUGCAGAAGCUUACCCGACCAGCAUACCAAUAUUAGAAAGAGUCGAGCUUCCAGAAGAAUUAAUCCCUGCUGAUUCUAGAGUUGAAAUUGAUGCCAAAAUCACCGCUGGCUACUUUACGGCCGGGAAACGCCUUACAGCUGAGGAGCUGCAAUCUGUCCAAGGAAGGAUGUGGGAAGACAUCGACCACUAA